GAGCUGCUCCUCGGAGAAAGACGUGAUAACCAUAUGGUUACCAGAUCAAGAGCCAGGGCUCCUAAUCAAGAGCCUUAUUGCAGACGUCGCUCCUACUGGUCUCACUGUUCGGCAACGAGGGAAGUUGGGAUACCGAGGCGCAAUCACCAACAUGUCCCUUUUGGAUGCGAGGAACCAUUUGUCUGCCAUCCGUGAUCCCAACUUUGACCCUCGAAAUUACAGCCUCAAGGGAUAUGUUCUGACAGGAUCUUUCCGCACCAAUGGCUUCAGGCUUCAGCUGUCUGCCUACAAGUUAAGGGAGUUGCAAGCAGUUCGAUAUCGGAGGCUGGCAGAUGCCAUUUUGCCCCCUCGCCUGACGUCAACGGUUGGAGGUACCGACUAUUACUUGCAGGAGAUCCGGAAUGUCGUAAAGACCAAGGACGAUGUCACUCGACUCUGGCCGCAUUGCCCUCCAGAAAAGAUCAAGAUUUUGUGUCUGGAUAUUGGUCAAGCCUAUGUUGUAGCUGGAAGCGCCUUCCUACCAGAUACAGACCGUCCGAUCAACGACAAAAAAGGAAAGGGGCGUGUCGUGACGAUCUCUGCUUUCCCAACCGCUACUACCCACAGGGUCACUCCUGCCUCUUUGAUCUCCACAGCCGCCUCUGGGACGAACUCUGCUGCCUCUUUGAUUGAUCCGCCCUAUCCAGAGACAUACUACAACAUAUCUGUUAACCAGAAGGCCGUGUACCAACCCACAUUCAAGUUCCGAAGAUGGACAGAGGAGCAAAAACGGGUGGUACCGGAAGGUGCAACUCAAUCGAUCCAAGAGAUUGAGUCAGACCUCCCACCGCUCCGCGGGCCAGAUGCAAGCGUUGGGCAGUACAUUCAGCAGCUCGAGAUGGUCGAGCAGCGCUUGAGCAGUUUUUACAAUGGCUCGAACAGGCUUUACCAGAGCCACAAAUGGGAUGCCCAACGUGCACGGGAGGAGGAGUACCUGGUAAUCGCAAACAGUUUGCUGAGGUCGGUGGGGGGAUCGAUAGGCGCCAAAAGAGACGAAAAGAACAUGGUGGUGAUUGGCAUUGGACUUGGUCAAUUCAGCAGUUGCUCGCGCCUCACAUCACUCCACGACUCCUUUCUGGCAUUCUUUGUGCCCCUGGUCGCUUAGUUACAUCGUUCUUGGUGUUAAUGAAUAUUACAGCUCCAA